AGUAAUUACCACAUGUUAAGCACAAUGUUGACAUAAAUAAAAUAAAAACAUGACAAUUACCUGAGGAAAGUCGCUUCGAAUACAAAGUGUUGGUUACGUGGCAAGAAUUCAUUCAAGCUGGCAAAUAAAUAGAUUUCAACGAUGUCCGACUUAGAAUGUUUGUUCCUCCUCGAGGUUCUGGUGGACUGCGUUGUUUUCUCAUCAGAGGAAGCGAAAAAGUUGCGUGAAACAUGUGUGCAGUUUCAAUUUCUUCAAUUUCCGUCGUUCGACGUCUGCGAAGAAGAUUUCGCACCGAGUGGGGCGGGUUACGAAUCGUCCGAUGUUCCUUUUAACGCAGGGAAAUCACUUCUUUUCUCCAUGUCCCAAUUCAAGGUUGGACAGAACAUAAACCUGGACGUGCUGAUCACUAAAUCCGACGAGAAUGGAAAGAAACAAUUAAUCGGCAAAACUGUCGUGCCUUUAGGAAGCAGUUUCACGAAUCUUUUUCUCGUCUCUAGCAAGCGACAGUUGACAGAACCCAUCGCCAAAACGAUCCGAGACACGUUCGUGUUUUUCAACGAACAAAACGUAGAAAGCGGAAAGAUCGGCCUGCUGGUGAGGCUGUCUUGUUUUGGCUCCGCCAUCGUUACUCAGUUUGAAGUCAACGAUCCAGAAGAACAAAUCUAUAAGUUCAAUAACGAAGCUUACUUCAAGAAAGACAAUCAAGACAGAAAGGUAGGCGAACAUUGUGAUAUCAAACAGUCGAACAGGGACAAUUAUCCUUCUGGAGCGAGCUACCCCUCGAAUUAUCAGCAGCACCCGGCAAUGAAAUAUCCAAACCAACCGAUGCAACAACAGGGACAACCCGAACGCUUUCCACCUCAGAUGGGUUAUUAUCCCCAGUCACAGACAGGCGCAGAAACUUCCAAAUACCAAAAUUACCUUCUUCAGCAAUAUUGUCCGUUAAAAAAAAACGGAUCGCAAAAAGGCAAAGGUGUUGGAUACGCGCCACCCUGUGUCUGCUACCCUGGAGGUCCGCCUCGGCCGGUAAGUCCUCCUAAACCGGCUUUUAGAAGGUGUUACGUAUUAGGAGAAGGGAUCGGUCCGUCUCCCAGGACCGGCGAUCUGUUUUCCUGGGUGAGUCCUCCAAAAACGGACAAAGACAGAGAACGGGAAGAACUGUUGGGAGGGCCGAAGAUUUCAUGGGAGAUAUCCUCGCGCCGUUUUCCUCAAAAAGGCGAUAUUAUUAAAAUAGAACCGGCGACAUUACAAGAACGGAAAUCUGUAAGCGGCGAAAAAAAGCUGGGAAAACGAGGCCAACCUAAAUAUAACAAAACGGAAAAAAAGGAGGCUACUAAGGUGGUGAGAACUCGUGUGGCUUUUGAUGUCGAUCAAAAGAGCGAGAAAAAAGUGGAGACGAAGAAGAAAGGUAAAACUGAUUCUAGUCCGGCCGAUGCCAAAAAAAAGAAAUUAAACAACAACACCACAAUGGAAAAUACGGAAGAACUCGAGUUGCUUUUCCUUCUGGAAAUUCUGGUCGAUUACAUAUCGUAUACCACAGAAGAAAACUCAAAAAAGAACUUGAAGGAAACUUGUGUCAGUUUUCAAUUUCUAAAUUAUCCACAAGUUACUAUAUGCGAGGAAGAAUGUUCAGACAAGCCGAAAAACUGUGAUGAAAAAGAAGUUUGUUUUAAUUGUGGGAAGUCUUGUCUGUUUUCUCUUCAAGGGAAGUUUUUGACGAGAAACUUAGAUUUAGCCGUAACGGUUGCUCGGAAGGAUGACACGGGAAAGCUCGUCACUAUGGGCCAGGUGACAAUUCCUUUUGGCAAUAAUUUUGUAGAGCUGUUUGAUAAAACGACUAUCGACUUCACGGAUGAACCUCAGAGUAAGACGAUCCGAGACCAAUUCGCGUUUUUUGAUGAGCAGAACAAUCAGGCUGGAAAGAUGGGUGUUCUAGUUCGGCUUUCUUGUUUCGGCUCGCUUAUUGUCACACAAUUUGAAGUGAAGAAUGCUGAAGAACAGUUUGUUUUCAAAAACGAUAGGGUAUUAUCCACAGUAAGUUCUAAAACGCUCGAUCGGAGUACUGGACGGCCUUACGUACCACACAGUUCUCACUCUGUUCCAAUUCCUAGUUCUUCUCAAUUGGGGCCUCAAUCUUUCCAAGCACCACCGCCACCUCCUCCUCCACCUCCUCCACCGCCACCACCACCGCCUCCACCACCACCGCCACCGCCUCCGCCUCCACCACCUCCGUCGAAUCAGUUUUCAAUGCCGUAUUUCCCUCGAACAGGUGUGUCGACGGGUAAUCUAAACUCAGUAGUACAGCCACCGUACGGUCGGCCACGGCCGGUUGAAAACAACGGGUAUGGUGGAUAUCAGGGGCCUGCUCUACAACGUAAUCUAGCAACCACUUCCUACCCUUCUUCUCUUUAUUCUUCAGAUAAAUCUGCCUCUUUCCGUCCAUUUCUUCCUGGAAAGUAUAUGGAACCACACAAAGGAAUGGAUGUCCAAGGAAUCAGAACUCCGACGAACAGGGAAUACCGGCCAGUCGAAGCGCAUUCUCCGCAAUAUUCCAGUUGGCAAUCCUUACCGAGUAAGUCCAGUCCUCAAUUUUCAACCAACGGCAUACCAGCGUUAUCACCGGCAGUAUCGCAAUAUCGACCUUACCCUUUAGUCGGCCCUUCUAGGACUCCACUUACCGUGCCCACCUUUUCCGAAUAUCAGACGAAACCGUAUCCACAAGUCGGUUAUCAACCUAACUUCGGUCUUCAAAAUGAAUAUAAUCCGGCUCAACGAGCUCCGAGACCGUACAUGCCUCCUCAGCCGAUGCAAGACUUCCGACGUCCUUACUACGAUAACACUUGCUACAUGGUUCAAGACAUUCAAGGAGCUGAUAAGGCGAAGGAAUUCGAUCAGUGGAAUUCGAGAUCGACUGAAAACAAAUCCAACUCUCUCUUUUUAAAGACCGACAAAAUGAAGAAUCAAAAAGAAUCGAGUGUUCCUGUCAAAGAUAAAUCGUUGUGCUUUGAUGUUCCUUCCGAUCUGAGGGGUCCGAGGGUAGGCGAUUUAAUGUGUUGGGGAGGUACUCACGGCGAAGGGCCUCAGCAAGGCGUUAGGGCGAUUUGGGUCGCCGAAAAAGUACAAGGCGAUCCCACAAAGAUUUGCUGGGUGGGUAGGGAAAUCGAUCCAAAAGAAGUGAAAGCGUUGCUUCAACACGAGAAGGACCAAUACAAUCCCAACCAGAACGUCUGGAAGUCCACAGUAUUGGAAAAUCUGGCACCCGCGACCCAACAAAAGCAAGUCGAUCUAGUCAGCAGAAUUCUAACACCGAGGACUUCUGAAGCGCGGUUACCUCCGUCCAAGCAAGAAAGAAGGCCUUGCCCUCUUGGCGAUCAGCCGACGUACCCCGCGAUGCAACCCGCCUUUCCAAAAUUUAAGCCGCAACAAGGAAACUUUCCGACAGGGAGAGGAGAUCCUGGAUUGGAAUUAUAUCCCGGCGGUGUCCGUCAACAGCAGCCCUUAGGCGCAUCGACGAUGCAACCAUGUCAAACGACCCCAAGCCCUUCCGCAGGACAACUCGCUCAAAUGUCUUAUGAACAAUUGGCCACAAUCAGCAGCAAAAGUUCCGGUGGGGCAAGUUUUCAGCGGCAGCAAACAGACGGAGAAACGAGUGAAGUUUCGUCUUCAACUGAAUCCGAUGAUGGAAAAUUUUCAAAGUUCAACUUCUGCGACUGUGAUAUCUCUUUACCACCUGGCUUUUCAAAAAACGGCAACAAAAAGCACAAGAAAAACAAGAAAGAAUUAAAGACAAACGGUAAGAAUAAAACAUGCUACUCGGAGGAUUCGUCCAAAGACAAACUGCCACCGAUUUGUGCCGUUACAUGUGGAGACCCUAGGUGCUGUUUAAAUAAAUACACCACAAGCGAAUAUAAGUGCACGCCGAUCGCAACGAGAGGAUCCAGUGGAAAGUUGGUUUAUUUGCCGAAUCAAGCGGUUUUCAACACCGGCGAUAAAAGCGAACCGUUUAAUUUAAGCAGUCAAUCGUGUCCUACUUAUUUCAUAUCGAAUAACGCUCAUUCGCGCCCACAACUGGUCCAGGUGUCCGAACCGUGUUGCAAACACAGCGACGAUACGACUAACGAUACGUUCUUGUUAAACAUGGGGAAAAUCGAUUGUUCCGGUAAACCGGCUAAACUCAAUUUGACUUUCAAGACGCCCAAGAGUUUGCCCAAAAUAUGUACGAACGAUAGCGCAAUACAGUGUUCUUCAGAAGUAGACGGGGCGAAAAAGGGCGGCAAAGGGGACGGGAAAAAGGGCGGAAAAAAGAAAAAUAAAGGCAAAAAAGGAAAGAAGAAAAAAUAGGAACCAGGCGACGUUGUAUUAUAGGUAAUACGUUAUUCGUUCAUGCGGUAAUAAUUGUGUUGGUGGUCGUUCAAUUCAGACAAUAAACAUGUUAAGGUAUA